GAGCAAAUAUUGGCGACAUUCGGAAUGCCGCCGAAGCUCGCCAAAAAUACUGCUGUACAGCAGUGCUCGCGCUACGCUUACAUGGCUGGGAGGAUGGAAUCGCACAGAUCCGAUCAAGAGUCUCCUCGACCAGGUUGCAUUCGCAGCACGGCGGAAAUGUCUUCCUCAGCAGGAGUACAUUAGCUCAUCCCCCUGACGAAUGGUGUUCAGUUCAUCAUCCUCAGGGAGCAUUGAAUCUCACGGCUCAGCUCCAACUUUUUGGAUCUCAGGAUCGUUCCAUAGCCCCAACUUCGCGUAAACUAGAGUCUAUUUCCUGGCCGGCCCGGAAACGCCAGAUACGCCGACAACUACUGAGCGAAUGCUUUCCACCGUUGCCCCGAUGGCGGACGAUCACACCUUCAGCUCAACGACGGGCAAAGCAUACUUCAAUUCUACAGCCUCCUCCCGCGCCAAUUCCGCCGCUGAAUCCGCCGCGGUUUCCGCCGGAACGCCGCAGGUUGCAAUGCAGGCGGCGGCGGCGGCGGCGGCGCUCGGCGGUCAGCGCGGUGGAACCCAGGCUGAGCCGAGCCGGCUGCUCAACUCGAAGCAUCCGCGGCUGCUGCUCCAACUCGACCGCCUCCAGGAGGAGAUCGAGGCGCGCGGCGGCCAUGCCGUUCUCGAGCUCUCCCCCCGCAGCAACAGCAUCGUCCAGCAACUGGAGCUUUCUCCGCCGUUGACUGCUGCUGUUGCUUCUGCUUCUGCUGCUACUAGCGGUGCGAGCAGCCGCACUCUGCCACUGAAGUCGCCGCGGCUUUGGAAACCAAACCACUGGCAGUCGCGGCCGCGUCAGCUCGUCAGACCGCCGUCAGUUCCAGCGCGGCUUGACAGCAUGAUGGCUGACUACGCCGUGGACGGCAGCGAUAGCCGUCAGUACGGCGAAAAAAUGACUCCUAGCACAAGCACCAGGGUAUUCUCGCCCAUUGGUGGCGAUUCUGAGUCUGGAGCGGCCAGCUCUCUUCCGCCCAAGUCGCCGCGGAUUUGGAAAGCAGACCCCUGGCAGUGGCAGUCACAGUCGCAGCCUCCGCGUCAGCUCGUCAGGCCGCCGUCUGUACCGGCUCGGCUUGACAGCAUGAUGACGAUUACCCUGGAGUCGUGCGCCCACAGCUCCGCCGCGCACUGCUCCGCGCACUCCCCGCGGAUACGCGGCAUCAUCUCGCCCCCAAGUAACCCUGUUGCUGGAAGAGUAGUCGCCCCCAUUGGCCCUUUCCAUCUCGAGCCUGGAAUGGGCAGCGCAUCCGCAAACGCCGCCGGGAAAUCCGCCGCGUCAGCCGGCGCAGUGAGCCCUCGAAGUCUGCCGUCGAGCAUGGCGGAUCGGCCUCACGCCAUGUCUGCACGGCCGCGUCAGAAUCGGUUAUCCGCAAGAGGCUUCCGUUCAUCGUCGAACAUCGAUCUCUCCGGGGAGGAUACUCUGCGUAGCUCGGAACCCUGCGCCACGUGUAGUACUAGUAGCACUAUUACUGGCGCUACUGCAACUGUUUCUAGUGCUAGCAGUGCAACUACAUUGGCGUCAAGCCCUAAAGCUCCUCUGCCGAAAACUGUGUCUCGGAGGUACGCGCAGCGCGUCUUUGCCCGGAGUCAAGACUUUGACGAAUCAGUGCGAAGUUCGCGAACUUCGCAUUCUCCAACCGGCGUCACCGCGUCGCCCAGCAGUGGGCACUACUACUACCCUCACGACAGAACCAAUGCUGACAGCACCAGCAACUGCACCUCGCCGCGUAUUGUUUUUUGUAACAGCAACACCACCUCGCCUUACCCCAAGAAUAAUAGGAGCCAGUCGAAGCAGCACAACCUAUGUCCUUCUGGGGAAGCAGCGGGAGCAGCGGUGCGGUUGGGUCACAGGAACGCGAAGUCCCUAAGUGGUGACUUCAUCGGAUGUGACUUAGUAACCUCGCCAGUUGGUUCCACGAGAUCGGCAGAAGAGAUGAAACUCGCAGGCGACGAAGGGUGGCGAAGCCGUAUCUCAUCUUCUGUCGAGGACGGCCACGUAACGGACUUUCGCGAAGGAUUUCGCAGCAGUGGAGCCCCCUCGCCAUCUUCCAGGCGAAGCAGCGUCGGCGGGCAUACGCACACGACUUUUUGCAAGAAAACCUAUUCUGGGAGAACACCCACCAUUGAGGUUACCAAUGACAUCCCCACAGUUCCAGCUCCCUCGCCACGUCAGCCGAUCAACCACACCAUUUCUGGGAGCAGCUUUGGUCAGCGGUUCAAUACUGUUCCGUGCGCGCCACGUCAGAUGCAGCUGCGAGAACGUAUUCUGGGUGUGAGAUACAGUCGGAUGACAGAUAAGUUCCACAUCAGCAGGGAGAAGAUUGGUGAGGGAGGAAGCGGCGAAAUAAGGAAAUGUCUGGAGUGGACCACUGGAAAAGUGUUCGCUUGCAAGACAAUCCACAAAUCGAAUAUAAAGAGAAGUAAGCAGGUAUCAGACUUGCGCUCAGAGGUUCUACUACUAGACCUUUUAAAAAGCCAUCGUGGGGUGGUGCAACUCCAUGAAGUGUUUGAGGACCACAAGGCCGUUCAUGUUGUCAUGGAACUAUGCAAUGGUGGUGACCUUUUCGACUUCAUACAGAGCGCCCCCAAGAAUCGUCUCACUGAACCGCAGGCGGCAUCCGUGAUGAGGCAACUGCUGGGUGUCCUCCACCACUGCCACUCCCUCGGAGUGCUUCACCGCGACGUGAAGCCCGAAAACAUCCUGCUUUGCGACCGGGUGUCUUCCCAGUCAGGGAAUGGAGAUGUCAAGAUCAAACUCAGCGACUUCGGGGUGGCUGGUUUUCUUGACGAGGAUGGUGCGUGCAGGGACCAAGCGGGGACAUCAGAGUACAUGGCACCAGAGGUGGCCAGGAAAGCAGCCUACAACGCCAAAGCGGACAUUUGGAGCGCCGGUGUGGUACUCCAUGCCAUGCUGGCUGGCACCCUCCCAUCCUGGGCGGCACUGCCGGAUGCGUUCAACGGACAGGAUCAAAUCUUGGAUGGUGAUGGCAGCAGAGGGAGAGGGGAGACGAUGCAGGAGGCUACAGCACAGUACAAGCUUCCUUUGAAAGGCAGGGUGUGGGCGGAUGUGUCGGAGGAGGCAAAGAAUCUGCUGAGAGGCAUGCUGGAGAAGGACCCCAAGAAGAGGCUCUCAGCUUCUGAGGCACUGGGUCAUGGAUGGCUGAAUGAUGCAUCGAUGAGGUGACUAACAUCUGCAACCUCUGAGAGGUCUAAUGUAAUGCCUUCAUUUGGAAGACGAAUAACUAGAAAUUAUAGCAGUUAUGCCAUACUCAGUAGUUCGGGGGAGCUCGAGCUAACAGAUGUGGCUUAAGAAUUGAUGAUGCCUGAAGAAAAAAUUGCUCUGAGCCAGGCCCUCAGAUUCGUUUUAGGCCACACUGAAUUUUCAGGGUCGGUACACAAAGGCACCCUGAAAUCACCCUGAAAAUCAGAGUUGGUACUGUUUUUAUAACUAGGUAGCCCCAUUUUUCCAGAUUCCAAUGCUGAUUUUUCAGGGUCGGUACAGCAAAACACCCUGAAAAUCAGCAAAAUCAGGAAAAAAAUCUUGAAAUUUGAG